AUGGUAUACGAAAAGUGUUGUGUUGGUGGUUGCAAUACAACACGUGAAACGCACCGGCUUUUCAGAUUCCCUAGGAACGAUAAUUUAAGGAACUUGUGGAUGGCUUUCAUAGUGCCGACAAAUCCCCAGCUCAUUGUACUUUCCAAAGAACAGUUACUUAACAAACGUGUCUGUGAAAAACAUUUUGAUGUAUUUCAGUUCGGCAAUGAAGGCAGAAGACUUCGAUACUCUUACCCGUCCUUGCUUACUGACAAUGAAAUAGCUCAUGGUGUACCUCUGACUGUAACUGGAUGGGAUGUCACAACUGAACAUAAUUACUGUAAAGAGCAAAAUGAAGAUGAUUUCACAGAAGCUGUGUUAGUGGUUAGAAAGCCUGGAAGUGAUGUUACGAUUGAACACAAUUACUACAAAGAGCAAAAUGAUUGUUCCAAAUCAUCGGUAGAGAUUGGAUCGUCAGAUGUUGGAAAUUCUCAUGAACAGCCUUCAUGUUCAAAUUUUUCAACUGUUGCAACAGUUGUUGAAAAUAAAGGAAUUGAUUCUAAUGCUAAUGUGGUGAAACAAAUGAUGCCAAAAGGUAGCACAUGUACAAAAAAGCAAACAGGUUACAUGGCGAAGAAAAUAGUAUCAAGGAAAAGAAAAUUGGUUAAAUUUUUGACUAAUAUUGCAACUGAAAGUUUAAGUGACUCAGUAUCACAACGACUUGAUCAAGCCCAAUCCCUGUCAAGAAAUAAAGACCUUUUGGAAAACUUUUAUUUGUUAAACAAACAAGCUCAGACUUUCUUGUUUAUGCAAUUAAAACAAAUUCAUAAAAGCAAAAUGGCCAGAAGGUUUACCUUAGAUGAAAAAUUAAUGGCAUUGCUCAUAAUGAAACAAAGCCCCAAAAGUUAUAAACUAUUAGAAAGAAUGUUUGCCUUGCCUAGUAAACGGACAUUAAAUAGACUUUCUGAGAAGGUUUCAAUACAAGCAGGACUCAAUCCAUUAAUAUUUGAACAUAUAUCAAAUACAACAAAAAAAUGGGACACUAAACAAAAGCUAUGCACAAUAGUUUUUGAUGAAGUCUCUCUGACACCACAUUUAACUUUUAAUGAGAAAGAUGAUAUAAUUAAUGGGUUUGUAGAUAUAGCUGGAGAGAGAAAACUAAAAUAUUGUGAUCAUGCUUUAGUUUUUAUGCUAAGAGGAAUAUGCUCUCCAUGGAGACAGAGUGUAGCAUUUUAUUUCUGUGAAGGCACAGUAUCAGCAGCAGAGCUGCAAUGCAAUUUAAAGCAGAUUGUGCCCCAAAAACAGAAAUCUAAUGCUGAUGUGGUGAGACAAAUGUUGACAGAAGAUACAAAAUGUACACAUUGGCAAAAAGGUUACGUGGUGUAG